UCAGCGCUUUCUGCAAACCCUUCUCCCUCUCUGGCUCUCUCGAUCCCGCUGCCUCGCCCUCGCUCGCUGCCUCGCCCUUGCUCUAGCCUCUCGCUUGCUUGCUCGCUCUCUCACUCUCGCUCGCGGCUCGCCCUCGCCUCUCGAUCGGUAGCUGGGGAGGUCGCAUCUGUGGCUACUGGCUCUGGCUCUCUAACUCUUGCUCUCGCUGGGUGACUGGAUCGCUCGCCUCUCUUCGUUGCCAUCGGGACACUUUGGUUCAAUCUUUUGGGGUUUGAUUCAAUCUUUGGUGUUGUGUUCUGUUCGGGUUCAAAUUCAACACUAGUGACAAAAAAUUCUUUUGGUUCAAUCUUUGGUGUUGUGUUCUUGUUCUUGGCAGGCAGGUGGCCACUGGCCAGUGGGCAUCCCUUCAUACUCUAGAGACUAAGAGACUAGUGGAAGGUAAUCAAGAACUAAAAAUGGCGGGUGAUUCUCUGUCAGCAUCUACAUCACUCAAGGAAUACUUGAAAAGAUAUGAAAACAAGGAUGAGGAGGAGAGGAGGAAGAAAAAGAAAAAGAGGAAAACUAGACCUGAUGCAUUGGGUGUUGUGGUUGUUGAUGAAGACCCUGUUUGGCAGAAACCAGUGAAGCUUGAGGACGAAAAUGAUGAUUCAGCAGAUGAAGAAAAGCCCGUGGUUGAUGAAGAUAUUGAAGUCAAGCGGAUGAAGAGACUUGAGCAGCUUAGGGCCAGACGUGCAGUUGGUGCUAUAUCUGAUGAUGGAAGUGGUUGGGUUUCAAUUUCUGAUACUCCCAAGCUUUUGAGUUCAAAAGACGAAAUUUCUGAUAUAUCUCCACCUUACAAACAUAGGGUUCGGAAUGACACUCCUUCACUGGAACCUGAAUUGAAGCCUUCAGGAAGCAGUAGAGAAGUUACUGACUUAUCACCACCACGAAAGCUGCAGAGGCAUUAUGACAGUCCAUCGCCAGAACCUGGAACAAAACUGUUGCACUUUUCUGGUACAGACUCAAAAAUUCUGAAAUUUGAUGAGCAAAACUCUGAUAUCUCUCCUCCUCGUAAGCCAAGGGCUAGAUAUGACACGCCUUCACCAGAACCUGACCUUAGAACAUUGGAGUCUGGCAGAGAGGUUGUUGAUUUGUCACCAACAAGGAAGCAAAAAAAUCACCAUUAUACUCGAUUACGAGAACCAGAUUCAGUGCAAUUAAAGUCCUCUGGAACGGAUCUUGAUCUAUCCCCUCCUCGCCGACAUGUUUCUCAUAAGCAACCGUCCCUGAAGCAGCCGUCAAAAACUGGUUUAAUUAGUGGGCAAGAGAUGAAAGAAGAGAUUACUAGAAUUAAGAAAGAUGAUUGGGAGAGGUAUAAAGAUAUGGAUCCUUCUAUAAGUGGGCGAGGUGCUGAGCCUAUAUUUCGUGAUAAAGCCACAGGAGCACGUGUAUCGAAAGAAGAGUUAAUGAAAACAACAAAAAAAGAUGAAAAGCCAAAGGAGAUAAAAUUAGAAUGGGGCAAGGGCCUGGCUCAGAAACGGGAAGCUGAGACAAGGCAGCUGGAAUUGGAACUCGAGAAAGAAAAACCAUUUGCCAGGACAAGGGAUGAUCCAGAACUUGAUAGAAUGUUGAAAGAGAGAGUUAGAUGGGGUGAUCCUAUGGCACACUUGGUGAAGAGAAAGCAUUCUGAGCUUGUUCUACCAGACCUAGGUGGUGAUGACAAAAUGAAAGAAUCGGGGUUUAUAAUCCCUCAGGAGAUUCCAAGCCACAGCUGGAUAAGAAGAGGUUCGGAUGCUGCACCAAACCGCUAUGGCAUCAAACCAGGGAGGCAUUGGGAUGGGGUUGAUCGUAGUAAUGGGUAUGAGAAGGAGAUGUUUAAAAGAAUGAGCGAGAAACGGGCUACAGAAAGGGAGGCAUAUCUUUGGUCGGUAUCUGACAUGUAAAAAGGGUAACAAAGGUGGCACCAUGUCCUGUCUUUCUUUCUUUCUUUCUUUCACUGCCUAGAAGUAGAAGGUGGAAGCAAUUAGGGUUUAACAGAAUUUUACGAAUUGUGUGCUUGUUUGAGCUUUCUGUAUCUCCCCUGUUGACAAGCGUUAAAAUGAGUCUUGUUAUUAUAGGCUGCUGCUGUUGAGAAACCAAAUUUUUAGCUCAUCUAGCUGUGCCCUGGCUUUGUAUUUGCAUUCUAAAGUAUUUUUUUGUACUUAAAAAUUAAACACGUGAAGUGAAUAAAUUAAAAAUGAAAGUUGGAAAAUAUUUUCUAAUUAAA